UGCAACAAUGAUCAUUAUAGCACCAUUUGCAUCAAAAUCAACUAGAACAUUACCAUAUCCAGCAUGGACACCAUUUUCUCUUGAAUCUGAUGUCGUAUUCUGUUUACAAUAUUUACAUGAAGGAAUUAGUUUAUUAUUGAUUGUGAAAGUUAACGUGGCACUUGAAACAUUGGCAAUAGCAGUUUUAUUACAAUUGUGCGGUCAUUUGGAAAUAGUGAUGUACCGUUUGAAUUUACUUUCGAAAAUACCCGAAAAUAUUAAUGAAGUGAAAUACAAUCAGGAACUUGAAAUUUUGAAGCAAUGUUUAAAAAAGCAUCUUCAUUUGCUUGCUAUCGGCGACAAUGUAAAUAAACAAUUUGGAAUUUCGAUUUUUAUGCAAUUUUUCGCCUCAACGAUAAGUCUUUGUACAAUUAUUUUUAGCUUAUCGAAUAUGAAUUUAAAUAGUCAUCACAGUUGGUUAAUGAUAUUUUGCGCAAAUUCAUAUACAAUACAAAUUUUUAUCUACUGUUAUUUUGGUCAACAAAUCACUGAAAAGAGUACGGAAAUUGGGACAGCAGCAUAUUUUCUAAAUUGGAAUUCAUUAACAAUAAGAACAAAGAAAAGCUUGAUUAUUUUAAUGAUGCGAACUGUACAACCAAUAAAAUUGUCUGCUGCUUCUAUUAUCGUCAUGUCAUUAGAAACUUUCAUGAAAAUAUUAAAAGCAUCCUAUUCGACAUAUAAUUUAUUGAAGAAUAGUUCAUAGAUAAAGAAUGGCUGAAAAUAAAUCGAAAUAUAAUAGAUAUAUAUAUAUAUAUAUAUAGAUAUAUAUUAAUAAUAAUAAUAAAUAAAUAAUUUUUUUGAGUAAAAAUUAUGUAAAGUGUACCGAUAAUUUUCUUAGAAUAUUAUAUCUUUCAUUCGUCACAUAUUUUUAUUUUAAUUUCUCCUUUCAACAAAGUCGUAUCUUAUUCUUAUACUAGUACUAAUAAAUUGUUAAAUUUAUAAUAAAUUUGUUAAAUGAAGUUCAAUCUAACUGAUGUGAUUUAAAUGUAUAGAGAAUUAAUACUACUAUUUAUAAGAUAUUUUAAAUUUAAGUAUUGCGGGAAAGUAUAUUGUAAAACUUAUGUAAAGUGUACAAU